ACAAAGCGUUCAUUGGCCAAAACAAAACACAAGAGAAUAAAACUUUUUUUAAAUCUUUAUCAGUUCACAAUGACGAGGAAUGCAAAAAGAUGAAACGUGUUCCAGUGCAAUCGGAGCAGCAAAGGUGCGAGGCUUUACGGCAUUGUCCUUAUGUCGACGAAGUCUGUCCCAACUUGCCUUUCACGCUACCCAAACGAUUCAUGCAGCAAAUGCAGAUUGAUUUCGUGGCCCACGACGACGCUCCGUACGUGACUACAGGAGGAACAGAUCUGUACCACAAAUACAAGCAAGCAAAUAUGAUGUUGGCGACAAAGCGUGCUGACGGGAUUUCAACGACAGAUAUCAUCAACAGGAUAAUCAAAAAAUUCAAAAAUGAUGCCAUCGAGUAAUGAUAGAGCUUUGAAGAAGCAUAAAUCAGGCCGCGGAAGACUCAAAGGAAUAAUGACCAUAGCAAUGACUUUUGCAGAACAGAGGCGGCUUGAUUGAAAAUCGGAUUCGAAGAAACCCAGGAAAAAAUCUAAAUUUAGCGAAAUCUCGACGAACCAGUUUCAUUUUUGUGGUUGUUGUUUGGUUUGCUUUGUCUGUCUGUUAUAUCUUGAGUGAUGCAACGAUUUGCUCGUUUUCAACAGACGCAUAAGAACUGUAUACGGUUCAAUUUGUAUCUGGUUCCUGGUCGUAGAAGCUUUGCAUUUUCAUCCUCUAGUUUAUAUUGCACACCUGUAUUUGUAUGCGCUACAUGCAUUUGUUUUUAUUGCAUUAUGACCCUCUGCGCCCAA